AUGCCCACCACCACAACUGUCGUGCCAAUGCUCCGCAGGAUAUUUACACCAUCCGUACGGAUGCCUAUUCUCACGCCCUUCCCAACCCCUCCCUCUCUAAGCCGCCGCUUUUCUGCAACUCCAACCCCAUUCGCAACCUACAACCAAGUCGCCAAGGGCUGCCGCGUCGCCCAACGCGCACGAAAAGCCGUCUCCCCCGCCCUGCGCGAUGUUAACGCCCCCGAACUGAAAGGCGUCUGCCUCAAAGUCGGCAUCACCAAACCCAAGAAGCCCAACUCGGCAGAACGCAAGACGGCCAGGGUCCGAUUGAGCACAGGGAGAGUGGUGACGUGUUAUAUCCCGGGGGAAGGUCAUAAUGUGCAGCAGCACUCGGUGGUGUUGGUUAGAGGGGGCAGGAGCCAGGACUGCCCGGGUGUGAGGUAUCACUUGGUCAGAGGGGCUAUGGAUCUGGGUGGUGUUGGGAACAGAGCGACGGCACGGUCGAAGUAUGGGACGAAGAAGCCAAAGGCUGCUGCUACGUAG